AAUAUCAAAAAUAUACAUAUCUUGAUAAAAUGGUUUUGAUGAGAGAAUUUCUAGCCUAUAUAAACAAGAAGAAAAUACCUGGGCACGGAGUCUUGUGGUGUUUUAGCUACAAGGAAAAAAGAUGAAGCUUCUAUUCUUAUUUGCUAUCGUUGGCUUUCACUCCGCUUAUGCCGGAGUAUAUACCGAUCGUUUCACUCAGCAAUAUAAUAAAAUUCACGAUGCCGCCAAUGGUUAUUUUUCUAAAGAAGGAAUUCCCUACCACUCUGUUGAAACCCUCAUUGUAGAAGCUCCUGAUUAUGGACAUCAAACUACCUCUGAAGCCUUCAGUUACUAUAUUUGGCUGGAAGCUUUGUAUGGUCGUAUCAAUGGAGACUUCUCCAAAUUCAACACAGCUUGGGAAACUAUGGAAAAAUGGAUCAUCCCAAGUCAUGCUGAUCAAUCAACUAACAACUUUUACAAUGCUUGGGCUCCAGCUACGUACGCUGAUGAACUCGAUGACCCCAGUCAAUACCCAUCAUGGAUGAAAUUCGGAACUCCAGUUGGACAAGACCCCAUCUAUCAAGAAUUGGUCAAUGCUUAUGGUACUAGUGACAUGUAUGCUAUGAACUGGUUGUUGGACGUUGAUAACACAUAUGGAUUUGGAAACACACCUGGUGGUGGCUGCAGUCUUGGACCAAAUACGAACCAACCAUCCUUUAUAAACACAUACCAAAGAGGUCCUAUGGAAUCUGUUUGGAAAACUGUUCCACAAACAACUUGCGAUCUUUUCAAAUAUGGAGGUGUCCAUGGAUUCUUGGAUCUCUUCGUAGGAGACAACAGCUACUCUCAACAAUGGAAAUAUUCUAAUGCUCCUGACGCUGAUGCGCGUGCUGUCCAAGCUGCUUUCUGGGCUCACGAAUGGGCUAAUGAACUGGGAAAAUUGAGUGAUGUUUCAGAAACUUUGUCCAAAGCCGCUAAACUUGGAGAUUACUUACGUUAUGCUCUUUUCGACAAAUACUUCAAGAAAAUUGGAAACUGUAUUGGACCUCAAACUUGUCCCGGUGGACAAGGAAAAGAAAGUGCCCAUUAUUUAUUGUCUUGGUACUUUGCUUGGGGAGGUGCAAUCUACUCUAACUGGGCAUGGCGUAUUGGAGAUGGUGCUGCUCACUUUGGUUACCAAAAUCCAUUGACUGCAUAUGUAUUAUCAAACGUUGACGCGCUGAAACCAAAAGGAGCUACCGCUGUAACAGACUGGGCUGCGUCUCUUGACAGACAACUGGAAUUCUACGCUUGGCUACAAUCUGCGGAAGGUGCAUUUGGUGGUGGUGCAACCAACACCUGGAACGGUAGAUACGACAAUCCUCCAGCUGAAUUACAAACCAACACUUUCCACGGUAUGUUCUACGAUUGGGAACCCGUAUACCACGAUCCUCCUUCAAACAGAUGGUAUGGUAUGCAAUCUUGGUCUACUGACCGUCUUGCUCAAUACUAUUAUGUCACCGGAGAUGAAAAGGCUAAACAACCUCUAGAAAAAUGGGUAAAAUGGAUUCUUUCCGAAAUUAACCUUGAUGGUGAUGGAUUCAGCCAUCCAGAUAAACUAAACUGGAGUGGAAAUCCACCAGAUGUUCAUGUUACCGUUACAGAUUAUAGCGAAGAUGUUGGUACUGCUUCAUCAACUGCCAGAACUUUAGCUUACUACGCUGCCAAAUCUGGUGAUCAAGAAGCUAAGAGAGUAGCCAAAGAAUUAUUGGACAGAAUGUGGAAUAAAUACCAAGACGACAAAGGUGUUUCAGCUCCAGAAGUUAUGGACACUUACAAUCAAUUUAACGGUGAAGUAUACGUUCCACAAGGAUGGAUGGGAUCUUAUCCAAAUGGAGACGUUAUUCAGCAUGGAGUCAAAUUCAUCGAUAUCAGAUCAUGGUACAAGAGUGAUCCUGAUUGGGCUAAAGUAGAAGCUCAUUUGAAUGGUGGAGAGGCACCAACAUUCACCUAUCAUCGUUUCUGGCAACAGGCUGACAUCGCAAUCUCACUAGGAACUUACGGAAUUUUGUUCGAUGAAUAGGAUUUAUAUGUUUAAUAAAUUUUGAUAUUCUCA